AGUUCGUAAGUGGUGGUUGAUCCAUCUUGCCGCAGCGCAAUUUUUGUGUAUAUCGAUAAGAGACGUUUGUGUUUUCGCAGAAGCUUACUAAAUACUAUUAGAUUAAUUGCUUUUACUCAAAGAAAAUGGCCGGAGACACCAUCAAACCGCAACCGGCUCAUUUAACCGUACUGGAAUCUCGCUUCGGGCACUCAAGCUUCCGGCCAAUGCAGUGGACUAUCAUUCACUCGAUUAUAGAAGAACGACGGGAUAAUUGCGUUAUAAUGGCAACCGGUUACGGGAAAUCGCUUACCUACCAGUACCCUUCGGUUUUCCUCCAGAAGCUAACGAUCGUCAUUUCGCCGUUGAUCAGUUUGAUGGAAGAUCAGGUUCUAUCGUUAAAUUUGAGCAACAUUCCAGCCUGCCUGCUAGGAUCUGCACAACGAGCUAAUCCUAUUCCAGACAUCAAAGCCGGUAUGUUCCGGGUAGUGUAUUUAACGCCAGAGUAUGUGACCGGGGAUGCGGGCAAAUAUCUGCUACAGCAAGUAUCCGAUCAGUUGGUACUGAUUGCUAUCGACGAAGCUCACUGUCUGAGCAAGUGGGGACACGAUUUCCGACCGGCGUACAGACAUCUUGGUGUAAUUCGUACGGUUUGUCCUCGGAUUCCCAUUUUGGCAGUGACGGCAACUGCAACGCCCAAUGUUCGUGAAGAUAUUGUGACUAGCCUUGGUUUACGUAAUCCGCAAGUUCUGUGCACUGGGUUCGAUCGACCGAAUCUGGAGCUUCAUGUUAAAAUGAAAGGUUCUCUUGGUGUGUGGGAGGAUCUUCGAGGAUUGCUUAGCAAAAACACUGAAGGCAGCAUCAUAAUCUACUGUCUGACUCGGAAGCAAACGGAAGAGAUUGUGGAGCUGUUGAAAAGCAAACGGAUUGAUUGUGAACCGUAUCACGCGGGCCUUUCGCUGAAGCAGAGGCGAGAGGUGCACGAAAGUUUUGUCCGAGACCGCAUUCAGAUUAUUGUAGCUACGAUAGCUUUCGGAAUGGGAAUCGAUAAACCGGAUGUUAGACUGGUCAUUCACUACGGUGCAUCGAAGGAUUUAGAAAGUUAUUAUCAGGAAGCCGGUAGAGCUGGCCGGGAUGGACAACCAUCCAAGUGUAUUAUGUUUUGGAGUCGCGCUGAUUUCAAAACACAUGAGUUACUACGAGAAUAUAAUCAGGGAGGAGUUCAGAAAAAUUUGGAAGCUUUAUCAAAGAAGAUGCACGAAUAUUUGGACACAAGAGACUGCAGACGGCGGUUUAUCCUAAGAUAUUUUGAAGGAGACAAUGUGAAAGUUGAACCUCGUAAGCAAUGCUGUGACAACUGUGAUCGGACGGUUAGUGGAGUAAGGGACAGUGAGCGAUACGAAGGAAUCGACGAAAACGGAAAUUAUGAUUUUAGUAAAGACACGGAACAUUUGUUAAAAGCUAUCGAAGCUUUCGGUGGUGGUACAGGGAUUGCGCUGCCAAUCGCACUGCUGCGCGGCUCCAAAAGCAAGAAACUUAACGAUCAUUAUCUAAAAAAUCCCCUGCACGGUGUCGGGAAGUCACGAGAUGAGGACUGGUGGAAAGCGUUGGCCGUUUUGCUAGAAAGAGAAGGGUUUUUGAACAAAAUUAAAUUGCCAAAUAAUUAUAACAAAUUUGCUCUGAUUUACAAGAUACAACCUACUCCGAAGGCGAAAAAAUGGCUCGAAACUCCAAACCGAAAAUUGUCAAUGAAACCAACAACCGAGAUGUUCAAAUCGCUACGAUUUGUUCGAGCGCAACCACUAUAUGAAACAACAUCGGACUUUCAGAGCCAGCCAAAGACGCUCCCAAAACUACUACCACCACCUGUCAGUGGAAGUUCUCGUAUACUGGAGCAAACAGUCGCGCAAAAACAGGACUUUAUUCAGGAUAUGGUGAAGAUUCUCUUGAAAAAGCGCUCCGAGCUGGCCACCUCUUACGAAUGUAUGCCUUACAUGAUUGCUUCGAAUCUAGCCCUUCACCAGAUGGCUACCAUUCGACCGCUGAAUUUGGAGGAAAUGAAGCAUGCCAAGUUAGAUGGGUUCUCAGAUAUUAAGAUUCAAAAAUUUGGCAAAGAAUUUUUGUCUUGCAUUCAGCAAAAACUGAACUUCUUACCCGGUAACAGUGACAGUAGUGAUGGAUUGUCCGUCAUGCAGCGGGCUCUGCAGCGGAACCCACUGACGAAAGGUAAGUUCUCACCAACGCAGCAAACAACUUGGAACCUCUGGUUAGAGGGUCGUUCGGUAGCGGAUAUUGCCAAGUUUCGAGGGCUGACUGAGACAUCAAUUGCUAGCCAUUUAUGUGAGGCAAUCAAACAUGGCUUUCCAUUUGGCUGGAAAGAAUUCGCCCGAGUGGACGUCGAUCGUGGUUUGUUUGAACACAUCAAAUCGAAUCUUCCAUCCACUCUGGAUGGCAUAAAGCUAACUGAUAUUAAAAAUCAAUGCCUCCCACAUGUUACAUUCGAUCAAAUAAAAUUGGUUCUGGCAUAUGUUCACGUAAGGCAACACCUACAAUCGCUACAUGUUCAGUUGGAAGAUGAUGUUGCUCCAACGCCUACAGCAAAACCGGUUCCACCCGCAGACAAUCUUUGGGGUGAUGAAGACGACGAGGAAUUAUCUGUCGGAGAUAGCAGCUUCGUGGAAAUUGAUCGCAUGUGCGAGGAAGCAAGCAACAGCCAGAAGGAGAAUCAAAAGCCCCAAACUACCGAAUGUAUCAGCAUUGAUGACGAGGAAGAAGAUUUCGAUUUGGAUGAAAUUGCUGCACUGGAACAGGCAGUUAUAAACGGGGGUGAUGCGUCCUUUAGUGGAGGUUCUAAUGUUCAAGCCGAGAGUACUACGAAAAAUAGUUCUAAAUCAAGGAGAAUCAUUUACGAUGAUAGUGAUGAUAGCGCUGACGAAUCAAUGGGUCCGAGUCCAGAAAAACAGGCUAAAAUUGAGCAGAUAGUAGAGGCAGUAGAGCCAUCUCCAGAAAAACCAACCGAAGCUGUUAAACCAACUUUCAGAUUCAAAACGGCUAGCAGUGCGGCAGUGUCUGGAAGCAGGCUAUCCAACAAACGAAUAAUUUACUAUGAUAGCGAUGACGAUGAUGAUGAUGAUGUAGGUAAAAGAGAUGCGCUGCUGUUGCCGAGGAGAAAGAUUUGAGCAACAAUUGCUUCGACACAAGGCAUUAAAUGCACUUUUGAGGUUAUGUUUCAAAUAAAUGUUUUUUAGUAAAAAAUAU